AUGUCCGUCGAGGGAGUACUGCGAGCAGUACGGCAGAGUGUGGCGAGCUACGACGACGACUGGUCAGAUAUCCUUUCGCAUAUGGUCACUACCAAUUUACUCGUGGCAGCAGCCGGCAUCGUUUCGUACAAAAUGUUUUCCGGACCCAUGGAGUGCGUGCCGCCAAGCUUUUUCCCGAAGUCAUGGGCUACGUCAUGGGCUACGGUUAGCAAGAAUUCUUAUAUUUCAAUUUUCAUUGAGAUCGCACAACUCAAUAAAAAUCCGUCGCAAGAGCAAUAUCAUUUGAAUUAUUUGAUUGAGAUCUUAUUGCUCUUGCGGUGCGUCGACCUCAGAGUUGGAACGCGGCAAAUUCGAAAUCUCCCUGUUUGUGCAGGUGAGGAAGGUAGGAGUUAUGUUUGA